UUUGUUUCAAGUGUAGGGGCCGCUUUUAAGUGAUUCAAACAUUUUGUAAAAGAAAAUUAGAAAAUUGUACAAUGGAAAUAGCGGACUCAUAUUAUAGUAAAGAUGAAUAUGUUGAAACGGCAUCUGGAAAUAAAGUUAGCAGACAAACAGUUCUUUGUGGCUCGCAGAAUAUAGUGCUUAAUGGAAAAGUGAUUGUUCAAAGUGGUGCUAUUAUUCGAGGCGACUUAGCAAAUGUCCGAACUGGGCGUUACUGUGUUAUAAGCAAGAAUGCAGUUAUAAGACCGCCUUAUAAACAAUUUAGUAAGGGCAUUGCGUUUUUCCCAAUGCAUAUAGGUGAUCAUGUAUAUAUUGGAGAAAAUGCGGUAGUGAGUGCGGCUGUAAUUGGUUCAUAUGUUUGCAUUGGAAAAAAUGCCAUAAUUGGGAGGCGGUGUGUCCUAAAAGAUUGUUGCAUCAUAGAAGAAGGUGCCAUACUUCCGCCUGAGACAACUGUUGCAAGUUAUAUGCGAUAUACAGUAAAUGGUACUAUUGAAGGUGGUCAAGGAAAUCCAUAUUUUGUUCCUUCCGGAAUGCCUGACCAAAUGAUAGAUUAUACAAAAUCAUUCUAUGAACAUUUUUUGAGAACUCCAUAGAAUUGUAAAUGUAAUUUUAUAUUUAAUAUAAUGCUUAUUUUUAGUAUUACAUAAAAUAAAUUGGUUUGUUAUAACGAAUCAAAGAUGUUCAUAUUUAAAUACUAUAACGUAUGAGUAAAUUUAAUUUAUCUUUAUACCGUUUGAUAAGAAAAUAGUUUUAAAUUUUUUAUAUUAUAAUUUGUUCGUAAAAUAAAUGAUUGAAUAUGUAAA